CGCUGCUUAGGGAAACACACCUGGCCAGGCUCGGGUGGACGCAGAAAAUGUCUACCCGCUAUCACCAAGCAGCGAGUGACAGCUACCUGGAACUUCUGAAGGAGGCCACCAAGCGUGAUCUGAAUCUCUCGGAUGAAGAUGGCAUGACACCCACGCUCCUGGCCGCCUACCACGGCAACCUCGAGGCCCUAGAAAUAAUCUGCAGCAGAGGUGGGGACCCUGAUAAGUGUGACAUCUGGGGAAACACCCCUCUGCAUUAUGCAGCCUCCAAUGGCCACACCCACUGCAUCACGUUCCUAGUCAACUUUGGUGCCAACAUCUUUGCUCUGGAUAAUGACUUGAAGUCUCCUCUGGAUGCUGCAGCCAGCAGGGAGCAGAAAGAAUGUGUUGCUCUCCUGGAUAAGGCUGCCACCAUCCAGAACAACGAGAACCCCAAGAAGGUCACCAGACUGAAGGAGCAGGCUCUGAAGAAUGCCAGGAGGCAGAUGAAAGAAUGCGAACGGCUUCAGGAGAAGCACCAAAACAAGAUGGCGCGAACCUAUAGCAAGGAGGACUCUGGGACUCUUUCUUCUUCCCAUGGUACCUUCUCCAGGUCAUCCCUUUCAAAUGCUUCUGCUGGGGGAUUUGGGUCACUGUCUAAAGGCAUUAAAGAUACCUUCAAGAUAAAAUUUAAGAAGAACAAAGACACAGCAGAGCAGGUUGGGAAGGAUAGCAGAAACGGGCAGAGGCCAGUGAUGGAAGUGUUCAGAGAGGAGGAGGAAGAAGAAGACACGUUUCCAGAAGACUUCAAAGAGAAGCUCCAUUUCUCAGGAGACAAAGCGAUUCUCAACCGCCCAGGUCUAGGAAGUAUCGUUUUUAGAAGGAACAGAGUACUGGGCCUUGAGGACAUCUCAGAAAGCAAGAGGGAGUUGGAGUUUAAAAUGCCCAGUGAGUUGUUCCAAAGACAAGGAGCAGCAGGAGCUGAUGAAGAGGAGGAGGAGAAGGAGGAAGAGGAAGGAGUGGCGAACAGCACUGCAGGUGAUCUUCCUUGGGAUGAAGAAGAAGUAGAAUGGGAGGAAGAUGCGGUUGAUGCCACUCCGCUGGAAGUGUUCUUGCAAUCUCAGCACCUGGAGGAAUUCCUUCCCAUCUUCAUGAGAGAGCAGAUUGACCUAGAAGCCCUGAUGCUGUGUUCUGAUGAGGACCUUCAGAAUAUCCACAUGCAGCUGGGCCCCAGAAAGAAAGUCCUUAAUGCCAUAGACAAAAGGAAGCAGGUGCUCCGGCAGCCUGGGCAGCUGGUCGACACCAGCCUCUGAUGGAGGGCACUGAUUAACAGGGUGGUAUUAGCAUGGCGGUCAUGCUAACUAUCCCCGGAAGCACCACAGAAGGAACCCUGUACCUGGUCUCUUUCCAAUGACAGACCACUGGUCGUAGGAGUUAGGAUUUUACAGAGGACCCUCCCCCCCCCAAACAGAGGCCCAGACUCUGGGAGACAGUCAGUGUCCAACUAAACCAUUAGUGAGAAAAGCUGGGAGACCUUGGAACAGGGAAAUGAGGUAUCUCUUCCUGCCUUUGCAUUCUGUGUAAACCAAGGGCUCUCACUGGUCUGAAGCCCAAAGCCUAACUUAAACGGAUGGAUCUAACCUUUUAACAGAUGUUUACAAAUAGCUAUGUUGAGUUUAUGACACUUCUGUGUGAGAAUCAGGAUGGUGUAGCAGGUAGCAGGAUGGCAGAAAGAAAACAACAGGUUUGCCCGUUGUGGACUGAAUUCUAACGCUCGCGUAUAGAAGCCCUAACCCUUAACUGAGUGUUUUUGGAGAUGGCGCUUUAAAGAUGUGAUGAAGGUUAAAUGAGGUUAUGAGGGCAGGCGCUUAAUUCCAUAUAACUUAAAAGACAAGGAAGACACGCCAAGAGUGUGCUCACACAGGGAGAAAAGAGGCUAGCAGGAAGGCAGCUGUCAACCAGCCAAGGAGAGAGGCCCCCAGGGAAAUCAAACUUGACCACAGUUUGGACUUUUGGCCUCCCGAGAUGCGAAAAUAAACUUACGUUGUUUGA